GUAUAAGCCAGUAUGAGUGAUUAUGAUGACGACUUUGAAGAGUACAAUGAUACCUUCAAGGACCAAACAGCCAAGAAAACAACUGGAAAGGCUGCUAAAGGCAAGAAAGAAUCCAGUUAUGACAACACCUUCGCUAGGGAUAAGACAUUGGGGAUCAAGCCAAGAGACCAUAAACCAUUUGGUGUGAAAGGGCCUAAAGCUCCUUUUACUGUGAAGAAGCAAGCUCCUAAAGGGCUUUCCAAACAUGGAGGUAUUCACAGCUCAACUCCUAAUCUUAGCAAAGAUGCUAAAGGGACCAAGAAGGGACUUUUGGCUGAAACUAAUGGUAAAACUCACAAAUAAAUUGCAUAAUUUCGGCCUGACCAAGAAAGCCCAGCAAGCUCUUAAGCCUUCGAAAGGGACAAUGGUCGAGCAGCUUGAGAAAUUAAUGGAAGAAGCACAAACUAAAAUGGAAGAAUUUAUCAAGCAGCAAGAGUCUCAAGGAGAGACCGGAGCCAAGCUUGAAGCUGCUAAGCAAGAGAACAAGUAUCUCCAGGAUACCAUGGUUGCAAUGAACUCUGCUGUGAACCAGCUUUUUGAGAAGCAAAUGAAUAUAAAGCACUACCCUCAAACUGGAAGGAUAAAAUCACCUCCUAAAAGUGCUCAGAUGCGGUACAGGACGAAAGAGGUUGAGAAUUCACAGAAGGCGCUUGAAAACAUAAUGGCUGAGCACGAACAUUUGUCCCAAAGAAUGGAGACUGUUAAAGACCCGAGCUAUUAUUCCAGCUUGCAUUCAGAUCUUUCUAGUGUCAAACAGCAAAUGAAGGAGGCUGAGAAGGAGUCCAAGGAGCUCCAUACCGAGCAAAAACGUCGGGAGCUGGAAACUGAGAAGCUCCUUGCUCAGGGUGCUCCUGAUUCCAUGUUUCAGAUCAAAGAACUUCAAAAUAAAGUCACUAUUAAUAAGGACCAACUCCUUGAAGAAGAGAAACAAAGUGCUGAGCUGGACGACCUGCUUCAGAAUAUUGAGGAAAGAGAACAAGAGCUUAAGGAAAAAGAGGAGAAAUUGCGUGCAGAAGGCUCUUCUCUUGGAAUCAAUUUCGACACAACGGUCGAUGAAGCCAAACGAGAAAUGAACGCUCAACUCCAGAACAAGAGGGACACCUACGAGAAACAUCUUGGCAUUGCUGAGCAUGCCAGCAAGGUGAUGAAGAAGAAGCUCAAGAACAUGUCCAAGUCUAAUAAAGCCAAGCUCAGAGAACUUGAGAAGCAGAAGGAAGAAUUCGAUAAAGAGCUUCAAGCUAAGACUGACCAAGUCAAAGAGAAGAAUGCUGAAAUUGCGGAGCUCAUGAAAAAGAAUCAGGAGCUGCAGAAGGCAAAGAAGAAGGACCACAACAAGUUUAUGGAAAACGGAAAGAACUCGAAUGGCUAUGAUGCAGUAGAAAGAGCUAUUCAGGAGCAGAACGAGAAAGAGACCCAAGCAGCUAUACUCAUCCAGAAAUGGGGAAGAAUUUUGCUUGCUAAGAUAUACGUGAAGAGACUUAGAGAGGCACGGGAUCAGAACAGUGCUGACAAAGAAGAUGAAGAUGAUUUUUAUAGCCAAGGUGAUAUUACUAUGCAGAAGAACCCUAAGACUCCAAAGAAAGUAUCUAAAUUGAAAGACACCCCAUCAAUUCCAGUGAAGAAGGAUGACGAGGUGCCUAUUUUUAAGAAAAAGAAGUCUUUUGAGAAACCAGUUGAUCUAGGCACCCCUCAUGUUAGUUCUGGGGAAGAAGAUAAGAGGAAAAACUUGAAAAAGGUUAUAUCCAAGCCUCAGAUAGGCAAGAAGAGAAUCACCAGUAAGCCUUUCUAGUGCUC